AGUGCAUUUUAGUAAAUGUAUUCCCGUGUCGGGAGCCGGUGAUUAAAUAAAGGUCAUGACAUUGUUGUCUUCAGAACCAAGAGAGAAACGGCCUGUUGGCGGAACUAAUGUUUCGCAGCGUAUGUUCCGACCGAGACUUUAUAUGAGUGGGACCUUUUGAGGAUGUUACUAUUCACGUAAACUGUUCGAUUUACGCCCUUUCUGAGAGCUGUAAACGUCCAUGCUUUCAAGCAGUGAACACAACGACGACGGAACUUGAUAAAUCGACCGCGGUGGACGUUUCCUCAGUGGAGCCGGUUGUCCGUCACAAGCUAGGUAACGUUAGGUGAUUUGACUCGUGAUAUCCAACAGACAGUCCUCAACGAGAGCAUAAACACAUCUAUUAGCUAACGUUAGCUAUUACUAACUAUCUUUGAUCAAACUGAAUAGACACAAUCAGUGUUGUCAUCACCGUUAUUACAUACUUAAUUUGACUGCGGACCUUAAUGGCGAACAUGGCGGCGCGGAGGAUCACACAGGAAACCUUUGAUGCUGCUGUCAAGGAAAACAUGGAGGAGUUUGAGAUGGAUUCUGCCGAGGCGUUGAGGGAGGCUGUGGAGCAGUAUGAGUCUCAAGGUGUGAACCUCCGUUAUAUCGUAAAAGCUGUACCAGUGGUCUCAUUUGAUGACAAACAAGAGGAGCCAACACACGAGGUCUUAAAGGCGUUGGAGUCCCUCCGCACUGGAAAAGAUUCUACCGGUUUAAAGGAUGUGACGGAGGACCUAAAACGCUUCACUGUGCAAUGCUCACUUGGAUUUGCCCAGAGGUACCUGGCUGCCCAAAAAGACGCCUACCCCGUCAUCCUCUCUUACUGCAAAAAGAGUGUGGAGGAGCAGGAAGCUGUGUUGACUGCACUGACUGCUCUGGCUGUAUUGACAGAUGGACAGCCAGACUUGAUGGAUGCAGAGGGCCAAAAGUUCCUUUUGGAUGUCCUUAAGAAGCAUAAGGCAGAUUCCUCUGUUAUGCGUGCAGCCAUCACCACUGUGCGUCACUGCUGUUUGAAACAUGAACAGAACAGGCAGAGUUUGGUAAAAGGGGGCGUCCUGCCUCUUCUGACCGGUGCCAUUACACAACACAGUGGAUGUGCUGAGCUCAUCAAGGUAGCCUCUGCAGCGCUCAGGGUUAUGACCUUUGAUGAUGAUGUCCGCGUUACGUUUGGGAAUUCUCAUGAACACGCCAAGAUUAUUGUUCUUGAGCACAAUGGACUGAAGGUUUUAGUUGACGCUGCGAAAGCUCACUUUGAUAAUACUUCUGUUCUGAGUGAGCUGUGUGCCACUCUCUCCCGCCUGGCUGUAAGGAAUGAGUUCUGUCAAGAGAUCUGUGAUCUUGGAGGAUUGAAGCUCAUCAUGACGCUGCUGGCGGACAGCUAUGAGAAACCGGAGUUGGUUCGGCAGGUCCUUAGUGCAAUACAAGCUGUCGCAGGAAAUGACGAUGUGAAAGAUGCAGUUGUUGAUUCUGGAGGAGUCCAGCUCAUUGUCAUUGCCAUGAACAGACACAUGAACAACUCUUCUGUGUGUGAGCACGGCUGUGCAUGCCUCUCUGUCCUUGCUUUGCGAAAACCCGCCAACUGCAAAGUCAUCAUGGAAAAUGGAGGUGCCUUGGCGGCUGUGCAGGCUAUGAAGACACACAAAGAUGCAGUAAAUGUGCAGAAACAGGCGUGUAUGGUCAUGAGAAACCUGGUUGGACGUAUGAGUGACUUAAGCAAACCGAUCUUGGAGAUGGGAGCAGAGGCCCUGAUAACAGAGGCACUAAAGACCCAUCAAGACUGUGGUGAUGUGGGUAAAGCAGCCCUCAGAGAUCUGGGAUGCCAGGUGGAGCUCAAAGAGCUGUGGACUGGCAAACAUGGCAGCCUCACCAACUGAAAGUAGAGGACAGCAAUCACUCCUUCCUAUGAGUUUGCCUGAAAUGCAAAGCAAGAUAAAAUGCUAUGUUGGUGUACCUAACCAAUAGUUUAAGCAGAUGCAUCUACCCAGAUAUACAUUUUUGUUUGGAAAAAGCUAGUCCCACAUUGUGCUCUUUUGAGGUUGAAUAGGUUUUCCUUUUUGUUUUUGACAAGUACAAAAGGUAAUUGUAGUCCUGUUGAUAGUGUUUUGUUUGCUAUUAUAAUUUUGUACGCAAAUGUUAUAUUGCCCAAUUGUAUAUAUGUAUCACAGUUAUGUUUGAAUUUGUAUGUUUUGUGCAAUGGGUAAAUAUAAAUAAGUGUUUUUGCUUCUAUGCAAAUAAUUUAACUGCACUUUUUGGUGCAAAUUCCUUUCCGAUGUUGGCGUAGCCACAUUUUAACAUGUAUUUAAUGCCUUUAUACAUUAUAGAUCAAAAUAUUUCCAUUUGAUGUUUGUUACUUUGUAUAUGCUUUAUUUAAAACACUAGAAUAUCUGAUACUUAGACCUACCACAGACACCAUUAUAGUGUAUAUUUGGCAUAAUUAGGAUAAAGACUGGUGCAUCACCUA